AUGUGCGGGGAUUACAGGGAUCUCAACAAAAUCACAGUGCCGGAUAGAUACCCCAUGCCGAUGGCGGAAGAACUGUUUGACAAGUUGGCCGACGGGGUGUUCUUCACGACGCUGGACCUGCGGCAGGGAUUCAAUCAAAUCAAGAUCAGAGAGGAGGAUGUAAAGAAAACGGCCUUCCAUGGACCAGAUGGGUUGUACGAGUGGCUGUACAUGCCCUUCGGUCUAAGAAACGCCUCGACAGUGUUCCAGAGAGUCAUGGAUGCGGUGCUGAGGGGAAUAGAACAUGCGGCAUGCUACAUCGAUGAUGUAGUGAUCUUCAGCCUGACCGAACAGCAGCACCUGGAGGACGUGGAGAAGACACUGGCGGCCAUAGAAGGGGCAGGGCUCACAUGCCAUCCCAACAAAUGUAGAUGGGGGGAGCGGACAGUGCAGUACCUGGGGUAUGAGGUCACAGGGGGGCAGAUUGGGAUCCAGCAAGCGAAAGUGCAGGUGCUGGACAGGCUGAGGGAACCCAGAGAUAAGUCCGGGCUGCGGGCGGUCUUGGGCUUCCUCAGUUAUUACAGACGCUUCGUGCCGAACUUCAGCAAGAGAGCAACGGUGCUGAAUGGGAUGCUGCGGGAAGACAAGGCAUGGGAGUGGGGAGAGAAGCAGAGGGAGGCACUGCAAGACCUGAUGACCGCCGUGAAGACGGCGACAGUACUGCGGCUGCCGGCAGCAGACCAGCCCUUUGUUCUCUACACCGACUGGAGCAGUCAGGGGAUGGGGGCAAUAUUGUGUCAGGAGGUAGAGGGAGUGGAGAAGGUAGUGGCCUACGCCAGCAAGAGCUGCAACCCAGCUGAGGCACAGUACAGCUCAUACAUCGGGGAGGGGCUGGCGGCGGUGUGGGCAGUGGGGCAUUUCAGAGUAUAUCUACAAGGGAGAGAGUUCACCCUGGUCACUGACCAUCAGCCCCUCACAUGGCUGAUGACCACACCAGGGCUGACAGGCAGAAACGCAAGGUGGGCAGUAAAGCUACAGGAGUAUGACUUUAAGAUAAGGCACAGGCCAGGAAAGACACUACAGCACGUCGACGGUCUCUCCCGCAACCCACCACCACUGGAGACGGAACGGAAGGCGGCAGAGGCGGAACAGACAGAGCAGGAGCCAGCGCAUACCUUGAUUCUACUGGCGCGAGAGGUGGAGCAGAACGGUGCGAAAGGGAUUAAGGGGCCAGCUGACAUUUGGCAGGAUGCAAAGGCGAUGAAAUGGGUGAAGGGAGAGAUUGAGGAAGAUGAGACAGUGUCUGGAAGGGUGAGGGCGCGAGGGCAUCACUACAGGUGGUUUCAACAGCAGCUGCAAAUAAAAACAGAGGACGGCUGGAAGCUGGUGCCAGCGCCAGAGGAGCGUGAAGCAGUGAUCAGGGAAGUGCACACUAAGCUGGGGCAUUUCGGGCAUGAGAGGACCGUACACCUGCUGAAAACGGGCUGGUGGUGGGAAGGGAUGCGCAGGCAAGUGAAAGAGUGGGUAGAAGGGUGCGAGGCUUGUCAGAGGAGCAAGGCGAACCUCACGCAGGCCAAGGCAGAACUGCAGUCACUGCCCAUCUGCGGCUUGGGAUUUCGGUGGUCCCUGGACCUGGCGGGAGAGCUGCCGCUGAGCAGGGGUGGGAACCAGUACAUAGUGCUCAUGAUUGAACACGUGAGCAAGUGGCUGGAGGUGCGAGCCAUCCCUAGCAAGAGCGCGAGGCACAUAGCAGCGGCAUUCAAGGCCCAGGUGGUGUGUCGAUUCGGAGCCUGUGGGGAGGUACUCACAGAUCAGGGCACAGAAUUCCAGGGAGAGUUUAAGAAGUUGCUGCUGGAAUCUGGCAUCACGCACCGACAUACCUCCCGCUACCACCCACAAAGCGACGGGCUGACUGAGCGCAUAGUACAGACCGUCAAGCGAGGGCUACGGACCUACGGGGAGCAGAGAAGGAGGGACUGGGAUGAUGAGUUGGACUGGAUAGCAGCUGGAUACAGAUUUGGGAAGCAGGCAGCACUGAGGGAUCAUUCCCCGUACAGCCUACUCUAUGGACGAGAGCCAAUCCUGCCAGUGGGGGCACCAAGGGUACUAACAGACACAGUAACAGCAGGCACGAUCAAGAACUGGGUAGCCCUGUCCGACGUGAGGGCACGCUACAUGCGCUUCAUGAUGCCAGCCGCGCUAGAGAACCUGCACACCGCUCAGCUGCGAGAUGCCAGGAGAUAUGAACAGAGGCAACGCAAGGGAGAAGGGAGAGUGGCACGUGGCGUAUGUGAGGGGCAGGGAGUGUAUCUGAAGAGAGCGAAGCAGGAUACUCUUGAUGUGGGAUUUGGGACAGUGCGGUGGAAGGUCAAGGAGGUGGGUGGGGCAGGAGUCUGGCCAUGGCACGUGCGCUCUGCCUCUUGCACCGCCACCACUUCGGCCCUCCCAUCGGUGCCCGCGGUGAGCCCUCCAUGUCCUCCUGUCUGCACCGCUGGCCUCUGUCCCAAUUCGCCUGACUGUGUUGGCGCUUUUCCCGAGCCUCACGAGCUCGCGGGCUUGGAGAUACCAUACCUAACCAGCAGGUGCGGGCUGGGGUACCGAGGCCCACGGAUUGCCAAGCUGGCAGCUGACGUGGCAUCUGGUACCAUUGACCUGGAAGCACUCCAGAGGGACUGCCUGCUGGAGAAUCCGCCAAGCGGCUGUGACAUGGCAGCAGUAGGUGCGGAGAGGGAGAUGGCAGGGCAGGCGGGUGUGGGAGGCGGGGAGGGCGGCGAGCAGGCAGACAAAGGAGUGGAGAUGAGAGGGGCAGACGAUGUGGGAGUGGAUGCGAGGAGAAGGGCUGGCAGGAGGAAGAGGAGGAGGAAAUUGGAGGACGAUGGGCGUGAGUUGAACAGAGUGGAGGCAGCAGAGGAGGCGCAGACGCUUGUGGCACGUGAGGGCAGCAGCGCUGCAGCUCGCAAGGGGGGGGGCUGCCAUGGCACUGCGCCAUUGACUCACACCGCCAUCAAGGGCAGGAGGCAAGCAGACAGGCGGGGGAGGGCGGGGAGUGCGACGGACAAGGAAGAGGAGGUGGGGUGGGAGGAGGCGGUGAGGCAGAGGGUGCAGCGCUUGCCGGGGUUUGGGCCAUUCUCAUCGGCCAACGCGCUGCAGUGCAUGGGCGUCUUCUGCUUCGUGCCCGCUGACUCCGAAACCAUCCGCCACCUCAAGGCGAGGGGGCAUGCGGGGUGCACGGCUGGCACGGUGGAUGCACUGGCAGCACGAGCGUACGCCGCCCACGCGCCCUUCCAGUUCCUCGCCUACUGGUGGGACAUAUGGGGCGAGUACGAGCGGGUGUUUGGCCCCAUGGCGCACCUGCCCUCAUCGCGCUACCCUGCCAUCACGGGCCACAGCAUGCGCGCGGCUGGGGGCGCUGGGGGGGUGGGCAGGGGAGCUGGGGGUAAGGUGAGUGAUGGUGGGGGCAGUGAUGCGGUGGAGGGCAAGGCGGGUGGUGGUGGCGGCGGUGGUGGUGUGAUGGUGAGCGCUCAGCGCCGCCGCACUGGCAGGCGCCGCUCACAGGGUGAGUCUAGCAGCCCGCCCACACGCUCCCCUGCUGAUGCAGAGGGGGGUGGCGGGGUAGAUGAGGGGGGUGCAGGGAGAGGCCGAAGAGGUGGUGAGUCAUGUGGAGAUACGGCAUCAGCUGGAGUGGUGAGUGCUGCGGGAGAGGUAGCAGCAGUCGUGGAUGCGGCUGCUGCUGCUGUGGAAGACACUGCUGAUGGCAGGGUGUGUGUGCAGUGCAGUGCAGCAGGCAUGGCCGUGCGGCGCAGCAGGCGGGUCAUGGCACAACGCAGUCAGCGCGGCAGUGCGAGUGGCACGGCCGCCUGUAGUGCCUGCUCAGCGCGGAGCCGUGGUGUGGAGCAGCAAGGGGCGGAGCGGAAGAGCCGGGAGCGUGGCAGUGGCAAGGGGAGGAGGCGAGGGCACAGCGGUGGGGGUGAGAGGGGUGGGGACACGGGUGUGGGUCGAAUUCAAGGGCCGGUUGGCGGGGGGAGGAGAGGCAGUGCUGCAGUGGGGAGGGGGCGAAGAAGGGGGAGGAGUGAGUUAGAGAGGGAUGAGGUGGGAGGGAGUGAAGGGGGCGAGGAGAGCGGAGGCGAGGCGGGGAUGGAGAUGGUGGUGCGGAGUGGUGAAGAGGAAGGGCGUGAGUGUGUGUGUGCAGAGGCAGUGCAGGCGGAUCAGCAGCCGAGAAAGAUUGGCCCAGGGCAGCAAGGGGGUGGGCAGCAGGAGGGCGAGGAGCAGGGGGGCAGGCAGGUAUGGGUGCAAGGGGAGCUGCAAGCAGGAAGCUUCCACACAGGAGGCGAGGUGGGAGUGGCAGCUGCGUGGGUGAUGGAUGAUGUGCAGACGAGCAAUGAGGGGGGCGUGGCAGGUGGGCAGGAGGAGAUGGAGAGUGGGAAGGGCAGGCCAAGCCAAGAGGGGGUGGUGGCAAGGCACCGCCCAAACAGGCGCCUGCUGCUGUAG